CGGGAAUCCAUGAACGGCUCUCCCGAAAAUGGCGUCGUCUUCUUUAAGAAAAUUAAAUUUUUCAAUUCAUCAAUGGUCAAGUUACUCAGCGAAUUAUUUGCCCGAGAAUAUUAUAUGGGAUAAACCUAAUGAUCAGUCAUCAAGAUGGUCAUCAGAUUCCAAUAACCCACCACAGUAUUUAAUAUUAAAAUUAGAACAACCAGCUAUUGUCCAUACAAUUACUUUUGGAAAAUAUGAAAAAACUCAUGUUUGUAAUUUGAAAAAAUUUAAAGUGUUUGGUGGUUUGAAUGAUGUAAAUAUGAUUGAAUUAUUAAAUAGUGGUUUGAAAAAUGAUCAUGUGCCUGAAAGUUUUAAUUUAAAACAUUCCAUUAAUAAUAAUAUGUUUCCUUGUCGAUAUAUAAAAAUAGUACCUAUUCAGUCUUGGGGCCCCAGUUUUAAUUUUAGUAUUUGGUAUGUAGAAUUGAAAGGAAAUGAUGAUUGGGAAUUAGUAAAAUCCAGUAUGAAAUGGUUUAAUUAUUACAGAGAAAGAGAGGCAAUUCGACUAUGUUUGAAACAUUUUAGACAACACAACUACACAGAAGCUUUUGAAUCUUUACAAAAAAGAACGAGAGUUCAACUUGAAGAUGCUCUUCUUUCAAAAUUACACCAAUUAUUAGUAGUUGAUGGGAAUUUUGAGGCUUGUGAACAAUUAUUAGAAACUGCUGCAAAUAGUGGAAGUUUUAAUCAUUAUUUGAAACAACAACAAUAUAAACCUAAAUGGAUGCCUAUUGUGCCAUCACCAAAAGAACCAGAUCUUAGAAAUCAUAAUUUUCAUAUGUUCAAAACUGACAUUUUAUUUAAUGAUUUCAGAUGGCAACAAAACCAAUUUUUGAUAGAAAUGAUAUAUUUAUUUGGUGGAUGGGAUGGAAUGCAAGAUUUAGCUGAUCUUUGGUCUUACCAUAUACCUUCUGGAGAAUGGACUUGUUUAUCACGUGAUACACAAAAUGAGAAUGGGCCCAGUCCAAGAUCCUGCCAUAAAAUGUGCCUUGAUUCUGAAAGAAAGAAAAUAUUUACAUUGGGAAAGUAUUUAGAUUCAACAAUGAGAACUCCAGAAAAUUUAAAGAGUGAUUUUCAUGUUUAUGAUAUAGAUACUAAUAAAUGGACACAAAUAACAGAUGACACUGCAGCAAUGGGUGGACCAAAACUAAUAUUUGAUCAUCAAAUGUGUAUGGACAUUGGUAAAAAUACUAUUUAUGUUUUUGGUGGAAGAAUUUUAAAUAGUAAUUUGGCAACAGUAGAUGAUAGGUUAUGUACAGAGCCAUCAUUUAGUGGAUUAUAUGCAUAUCAUGUACCAACUAACACCUGGCAUAAAUUAAGAGAUGAUUCUUCGAAUGUUAAUUUAGGCCCUCAAGAAAUAAAAUCUCGCAUUGGUCAUUCAAUGUUAUUUCAUGAAAAAUCAAGAUUGCUGUAUAUAUUUGCCGGACAAAGGUCAAAAGAAUAUUUAAGUGAUUUUUUUACAUAUAAUGUUGAUUCUGAUGAAGUUGAAAUUAUAUGUGAUGGAACACAAUCUGAAGUGCCUGCUGCAGGAUUUACACAAAGAGCAACAAUUGAUCCUGAUUUAAAUGAAAUUCAUGUUCUUUCUGUAAGUAAUGUUCAUUAUUUAUUUGGUGGAAAUCCUGGUAGAUCUUGCUUUCCAAAAAUGAGACUAGAUGACUUUUGGUCUUUACAGUUAUGCCGAUCUACCAAAGAACAGCUUCUUAGGCAAUGCCAACGUUUAAUUCGUCAGCAUCACUUUCAGGAAAUCACUCAAAAUGAUCCAGUAGCAGCAUUAACAUAUUUGCAAACGGAAUUAGCAGCAACUGUUGAUCAUAAUGAUAUUGAAGAAACAAGAGAGUUUCAACUUCUUGCAACAAAGUUAUUCAAACAGUCUCAGCAAAAAGAGAAAGAUAUUAAUGAAGGUUAG